UCUUUCUUCACCGGGUUGAGGAUGGAGUUGAAGACUGUGACCGCACUUUUGUGUUUCAGCAGCGGCACAUUCACCACACUCUCCAGAGUUUUAAAGGGUCCGUUUUUAGUCCUGUACUCCACAAUGUUGAGCGACUUGCGGCCUCUCAGGAGCUUGACGCCGGCCAGCACCGACGGAGUGGCGGUAUUGAGCAGCUGGAGGAUGACGUCUCGUUGCUCGGAGGUGUAGCAUGCAUCCAGCGGUCUGCUGUCCUCUUUGCAGGGCUGAGAAGAGGAGGAGAGGGUGGCGUCCAGGGUCUCAAAGCCUGCCACGGGAACCCGGCUCCGCCAGCAACAUGUGCACUGCAGGUACCGCAGCUCCAGCUCAGGGAGGGAGCCGUGCUGAGGGCGACGGAACAGGCCGAACUGUCCUGCGUACAGUCCUGCAGGGGAAAUACAAGAGGGAGCUGACUGGUGACAAUCUGAAAGAAUGCGACCUGUAUGAUCUCAACACAAAUGAAGCCUGACUGGGCAUCCUACACUCUUGGUAUCUUUGUGUGCCUGAACUGUUCGGGGCUUCAUCGUAACUUGCCUGCUGUCAGCAAAGUGAAAUCCAUACGCUUGGAUCUCUGGGAAGAUUCACUUGUAGAGUUCAUGCGGGAAAGGGGAAAUUCAGCAGCCAAAGCCAUUUAUGAGAAGUGUGUCCCUGGCUUCGUUUACCAACCUCAACAAAAAGACUGCGUUGUUCUUAAAGAUCAAUGGAUCCGUGCAAAGUAUGAAAGAAGAGAAUUCACAGGAGAAAACAACUAUCUUCAUCAAUUUUAUAGCUCAGACCAGUUUGAGUCAACACUGUGGAAAAAGGGCAAACACAAAAAGCAGUUUUUUAAGAGGAUCUUCCUGCUUUCCCGGAAAGACUUCACCCUCAGAUACUUUCUCAAAGAGGAUUCCAAGCUCCCCAAAGCCAUAAUCUCCAUGAAGGACCUGAAUGCAGUUUUCCAGCCAGAGAAGAUCUGCCAUGCGCACGGUCUGCAGAUCUCCUUUCUGCACGACGGACGUAUGAGAAAUCUGUUUGUUUAUCAUGAGAACGGACAGGAAAUUGUAUCCUUGUUCAAUGCUAUUCGGGCAACGCGCUUGGCGUACCUCCAGAAGAAACAUCCCACUCUUCGAGAUAAUGACUUAAUACCUCAGAUAACAAGACAUUCCUUGAAGGAGGGGUACAUGGAGAAAACUGGCCCAACGCAACGGGAGCCAUUCAAGAAGAGGUGGUUCAUACUGUGCUCAAUAAACAGAAAGCUUCUAUAUUUUAAAACUCCACUGGAUGCUAUGGAGCUGGGUUCUGUCUUCAUUGGCACAGAGAGCCAUAGCUACUCUGUUUCAGAGAGCAGCGGCCGGAGCACAAGGGGAGGCCGCUGGCACUUCAGCAUCACGCUGCAGACUCCAGACAGGCCGUACGUGUUCAUGUGUGAGCAUGAGCAGGAGCAGAGGGAGUGGCUAGAGGCCUUCAGAAAGGUCAUCUCUCAACCUAUGACCCCAGAGGACUACACUAAUGAAGCCAAUUUGAGAAGGGGAAAAUAACUGGAAGAUUUCCACCUGCUGGUUUGAAGGAGUUCAGGAUGCAAUAACAAUCCUUCUUGGACAUAAGAGACUGAAAGCCUUACUUUCAAAAGAUGCUCCUGAACUUGUCAGUGGGGAUUUAAAAAAUGGAGACAAACUCUCUCUUUUACUAAGUACCGCUGCUCCUUCGUAAGAUCGAUGCAUUUCAGAAGCAAUAUCUGUUAAAGUUGCCAUUGAUGUUGCCACAAUGCAAUGCGUUAUGAAUAAACUGGAACCAAAUAUUGUAUUUAUUAAAAAUAAGGACUAUAGGCUAGUUGAUGUAUAAUUGUGCUUUUUUUUGUAGUUUCUGUUUAACUCAUCUUUCUUAUGCUGUUUCAUUGUAGCUGUCAAAAAAGUUGUAGCCUAACACUGAAAGCUCUUCAUAAUUUUAAUAAACUGA